AUGGAUUCGGAAAAUGCUGAGCUGUUGCUGUCACUCUCACUGGGCGUUGAGCCUGGGAAGAAACGCCGGAGGACGAAGGCGGCCGACGGCGUCUUCCAGUGCAAGACCUGCGGUCGCCAGUUCCCGACGUUCCAAGCGCUGGGAGGCCACCGGACUAGCCACAAGCGCCCUUGCCGCGUGCACCGGUGCUUUCUCUGCGGCGCGGGUUUCGCUAUGGGGCGAGCCUUGGGCGGUCAUAUGCGGGGACACAAGGCCAUGGGUGAUAAGGAGCCGAAGCAGAGCGAUCAGAAGAAGAAGCCCGACACGGACAUGGCUCCUCUGGAGUUCAACCUGUCUGAGGUGGUCCGCAGGAGUAGCUCCCACUCUCAGCUGCUUCAGUUGUUCGUUUAG